UUACCAUGUGACCCCACAUUCUUUUUGGAUAUGCUCCUGCAAUGUGAUCUGCUCUAUCAUUUUCCAGAAAUGUUUUGAAUACAAAGACCAGAAAUUUCCAUAUUUAAUGAAGCUUUUAGGAGAAAAUUUAAAGAUUGUAAGUUCCCCAUGGAUGCAGGUCUACAAUUCUUUUCCAUCUCUAAUACAUUAUCUCCCUGGAUCUCAUCAUAAAGCAAUUAAAAAUUUCUAUUUACUACAUGAAUUUGUUUUGGAAGAAGUGAAGGAGCACUGAAGGACAAUGGACCCCAGCAAUCCUUGGGACUUCAUUGACUGUUUCCUGAUGAAAAUGGAGCAGGUGAAGAAACUAAAUCUUAGAGACACCACCUGGCUUUCCUGGGAUUAUGCAGCUAGAACCACCAUAAUACCAAAGUUAUCUUCUGCUUUGUAUGAAGAUGAAGAGUUUCCCAAUCUGUACGAGUUUGACCCAGGUCACUUCUUGGAUGAAAGUGGCAACUUCAAGAAGAGCCACUAUUUCAUGCCUUUUUCAGCAGGAAAAUGGAUAUGUGCUGGGGAAAGCAUGGCUCAGAUGGAAUUAUUUCUGUUUUUUGCUACCAUCUUACAGAAUUUUACCUUGAAAUCUCCCAUUGACCCCAAAGAUAUUGACACCUACCCAGUUGUCAAUGGAUUGAUCCAACUACCCCUCCUAGGAGCUUUGCUUUCUAUCUUCCUAAAACAUGUGAAGGAUCAUCUUUGGUUUCAACUUCUCUAG